UGUUCACACAUCCACCCACGAAUGUUCACGGCGUUGCUUCAAUUAUAAUAGACUUUAAUCUUCCAAUAGUCUCUUGUUUGUUAAAUCUUGGUUAAAUAUCAAACCAGGCAUUUGGUGGUAAUUAGCUAAUAUGAGACACCAGUGUGGUGUCAACAUGUGGAUUAGCCGUUGAUCUCAGACCUCAAUGGGUGACGGUGCAGCUUUUUUAUGGGGCAUACAGUGUACAUGUAGAAGGUCUGAUGAUACCCAAAACCGCCGGAUCUUUCGAAAUUCCUUAACAGGAAACAGUGACGCCCUCUCACAGUGCAUACGAUCGGAACGUCGUGCAUGAACUAACCAACAUGAAACUUGUAUGUUGAGACCAGCGACAUGCACGCUUUUAGUCAGUGUGUGUUUUUCUUUGAAGUCGAGAGUCCGGUGUGUGGGUUGUUUCUCUGUUCAUGGAGGUAGCUCUUUCCAUGUUUGUACCUCGGUCUGUCAGACCAUAGAGAAAGGACAUCCGUCAAAUUAUGAUUUCAUGGUAAGCUAUUGUUUAUAGACAAUCAGAAUACUCCACCCUGUUUUGAGACGAAACCUGGAUGUUUUCCAGCAUGGCCAGGACCUGAGCAGUACACCUGCACCCUCUGUGAGCAAGAACAGGCCGUUCAAGUCGAUGGUCCAAUUAGCGUUGAACGCCCGGUGAACGUAGAGGUUUAUUUUGGGUGUUUCUCGAUAAGCGUUUCACGUCAUCUUCACGUCAUCUUCGCGUGGGUCUACACAACUCGAGCUUCGGGCUGGAGGGUUGUCCGAAUGAGACGGUCUCACACGAGCACUUGACCAACCACCACGGGUUUAGGUCCCGUCCGAAUUGCAUGUAUUCGCUGCCUGAAAGAACCAUUACAACAGUUGCCAUGCCCAACAAGAUGUCUAGGUCAAAUUCGCCGCCAAAUAAUAACACAGGACCGUACCUGAGCGGACUGAAACGGAAGGGGUCCAUGAGAAAGAUCGGAGUGGCCCAGGCCAAGCCUUUUAGGGUAAUUGUGCUGGGACAAGCUUCUGUUGGAAAAACAGCCAUGACUGUGCGAUUUGUGACGAGAAGGUUUAUCUACGAGUAUGACCCAACGUUAGAAAACAUCUACAAACAUCGGAUGUUCUUUGAGACUGAAUCAACUCCUGUUGACUUUGAGAUUCUAGAUACUGCUGGACAGGAAGAUAACAUCGAGGAGAAACUUAAAUGGGCCGAUGCUUUUAUCAUCGCGUAUUCCAUCAAUGACCGAUGCAGCUUUGAAGAGGUCACAAGAUUAACAUUCUUGGCUGGGAGAUGUAGGAAGUCCAGCUCCCACGACCAUGCCAUCUUAAUCGUAGGAAACAAGAAAGACUUGGAGUAUGACAGGCUCGUCCAGAAAGAGGAAGGAUUAGAGUUGGCCAGGGCCAUGAACUGUUCCUUCGUGGAGGUGUCAACGUUAGAAUCAUACGACGACGUAGUGGGUGCCUUCGAGCGGCUGUACAUGGACCAUAAGAACAGGAAGAAGACUAGUACCAACUCUCCGAAAUUCACGCUCAGAAGGAAAACCAGUAAUGUCGGGAAGCAGGACUUAGAUUCGAACCCACCGAAGCCGAGAGAGCGGAGUACGAGUUUUGCUGCACUGUCCACGCCCAUUUACGCGCGAAGGUCUGCCCUUGUAGGCGGGAUGGAAGGAAGCCUCUUGGGUAGUAACGAUUUCCAUGACGUCAUAGAUGAGCAGGAUUGAUGAUGUGCGCUACGUCAUGACACUCCAUUGUGCAAUUUUUUAUUAAGUCACGACUCGCAGUCAUAGAUGGAUUGACAGUUACCAACGAAAUGCUGGUACCCUAUCUUUUCAAAAGGUGCACACAAGUCUAGGAAUAGUAUGAUUUGAAUCUUCAUACUGAACUGGCCAAAUUUGGAAAUUGAUGAGGGAUUCUAUGGCCAGGAUAGGCCAUGCCAACAUUCAUAAAUGAGAGUGCCUUUUGACAACCAUUUAAAAACUCUGGCAUUAACAAUGCGGCCUCAACUUAUUUUUUGUAUGAAAUAAUAUACAAAUAUUGAACUUUAACAUUCCAUGAGUGAGUGCCUUUGAUAUGUAUCUUUUUCGAACAAUUCAGCUUUGGAAAUGUUUUAUUUAUUAUAAAAGACAACAAGAAACAUACAGUGCUGAACUGUAUUUUUGUUUUUACAACAACUACAAGUAAUGUUUUAUGACGGUAGAGGGCGCUAUAGGAUGUCCGUUACGGCUCGCUCCCGGGCGCAAUUCUUUUUCUUUUGCACUUUGGAAUUGCCAUCAUAAACAACUUUCUGAUUCUUUUUUUAGGAUUCACUUUUUUAAUCGAUUUAUAAACAAGUGGCAAUUUCGUUAUGCUAAAAUUGUUGUGGAUGGCAACUCUAUACUGCUGAAAAUAUUGCGUCCCGGGAUGAAGAAACAGUCACAAAAAGUUGACUGUGAAGUAUUUGAUUGUUGGUGAUCUUGCCUCAGACUUAUGGACAAUUUUGCGUUAAUUUGUUAAUGGUUUAUUCCUAAGAAAGGCCAAAUUAGUUUACUUAGAUGAUUACGAAUCUGAAUCUUUUCUCUCUGUAGUGCACAUAGUAAGUAUUAGACAAGCAAUAUAACGUUCCCUAUUGCAGCAGAUACAUCAGGAUUCUUUUCCACAGCGCGCCAAAAGAUGAGCUGUCGAAAUCUUGAGCAAAAAUACUUGUUCACCUAUUAAAAAUUUGACUUCCCAAUGUGUGUGCGAAUCAUUAAAAAUACUCAUUUGUGCCUUUCAAAUGGAAUGAAUUAGCAAGAUGCAAAUUAGGUAUUAUAGAGCUGAAGCAAACGUUAACGUACCAUAGCUACCAACCGAGCUGUUUAUUGAAUGACAGUAAAAUUAGUUUGAUAGUGGACAUUGGACACUUACAUAGCUUUGUUCAGCGAAUGUCUACUUUGAUAUUUCAAUAUUGGACAUUGGACAUUCACAUAGCUUUCUACAGCAAAUGUGUACUUUGAUAUUUCGAUAUUGGACAUUCAUAUAGCUUUGUACAGCAAAUGUGUACUUUGAUAUUUCGAUAUUGGAUAUUGAAUAUCACAUAGCUUUGUACAGCGAAUGUCUACUUUGAUAUUUCGAUAUUUGACAUUGAACAUUUUCACAUAGAUUUGUACAGCGAAUGUCUACUUUGAUAUUUCAAUAUUGGACAUCGGAAAUUCACAUAGCUUUGUACAGCGAAUGUCAUCUUUGCUGUUUCAAUAUUGGACUUUGGAAAUUCCCAUAGCUUUAUACAGCGCGAACGUCUACUUUGAUAUUUCGAUAUUGGAUAUUCAGGUACGGUUGGUACAUUGGAUCUCUAAUUUUCCUUUUGGACACUGGACACUGCUGUUCAAACAUUAUGUAAAUGUCCAGUGCCCAAUCUCGAUUCGAAAAAUUAGACAUUCGCUGUCUCUUCGUAAUGUCAAAUGCCCAUUGUCAAAAUAACUUUUAUGUCAAGUGUAUUGAGAGAGUAAAGACAAGAAGCCAUUUUCUGCAAAUAAAAAACACGCCCCAAAAACAUGUGGGCAUACAAGGUACCAGACUUUAGACUGCCCAUUGGGUUGUGCUCAAACUGUCAGGCCAUGUCCGAAUUGGAGGUCACGGCUACGGCUGGAUUGCUUGCAACCAUGCAUUAUAUGGCGUCCUUAGCAACGUUCUUAGCAACAGUCAAAGCCGUAGUCGACAAUGGGAGACUUUCAGGACGCUUGGUGGCAGCAGACUUACCUCGGUAAUGUGCGCAUGCUCAGAACUACGUAAACAAUGGAAAUUUACAUGGGUAGUCUGCUGCCACCUAGCGCCUCAAAGUCUCCCAUUCGGAUUCGUAUAUAGUGUAGAUCAGUGGUUGGGUUAUAUUUUGGACCAAAAUGGCGUACAACAACCACGUGGCCAUUACAAAAUGUCGCAACCCUUUCAAUACACAUCUUAGAGUUGGAGAGUUUACCAUACUAAAUUAGAUAAAACGUCAUGUGACAAGCCUCUUGAACAAAAAUGGGCCACAAGUUUAUCUGAAAAAUACAAAGAUUUUUGAAGGUCAUGACUUCCAUGGUUGUUGCCUUUAAACUUGGAGCAUUCUGGGUAGAGUGGCUCUGUAAAAAUUACACAAUUGUUUUGCUAAAAGUGUUCCAAGCUGGUCAGUUGACUCGGUCCGGGAUAUCACUUUGGGUAACUUUUGAAUAUUUAUUUAAAUAAGUAUGAAAAGGUAAUCCAAAAUGAGAAUACCCCGGACCGAGUAAACUGGCCAGCUUGGAUUUUUUUUUUUUCAAUUACGCAUUAGUUGUUGAGGUAAGCAUUUAGUGCGGUGCACAAUAUUAGAGAAAUAAAUAGCGCCCUCUGGAGAUAGAUUUAAAUUUAAAUUUGUACCAUUAUUAGUGUAACCUGCUGCAAAAUAUUAUGAUGUAAAUAAAAUGCAAAUUAUAUAUGAAAAACCCGGCAGCAUUGUGUCUUUGAGAAUUUCUUGUCUAAAGUUACAAGCAACUUGGUAGUAGGAAAAAGACAAUGCGUCGGCGAAGGUUUGGACAUGUAUUCUCACUUGGUGUAGCCUAUCCCAACAAUGCAUAGGCCCAAUAUAAACAAAUCUGUGAACAAUUAGAUCCGAUGUGGUCCUCGAAGUUGCAAGAGCCUUAUGAGAGAGAAAACACCAUUGUUGCACAAUGUUGUGCCUCUCAGGUGCCUAAAAAGGGCUUCGGGUCUUAGAUCUUUUAGUAAUUGAAUAAUCUCAAAGAUAUUUUGCGAUAUCGCAAAUAUUUGCAAAGAUAUUUUGUGAUUUCGCAAAUAUUUUGCAAAGAUAUUUGCGAUGUGCGGUGUCCCUUCAGGGCCACCAUACCACUGCCCGUUACCAAUUAAAGCUUUUACGUUAACAAAUGAGUAAAAUGUACUGUCCAUGUGCCCAGUGCCUAUAAAAAUCAUAAAAUAAGGUUUUAUGUUUUGCCUAUAAAUAUGUCUUUGUAUAAGCUGUGUGUAAUGGUGAUUAUUUGUACUGACUGUACGAGGCAGUAUUCAAUACAUAACAUAACCAUCAACAUAGAUACAGCAGCGCUGCAGGUUACCGCAACUAAGCAACUUUAUUUUAGGAGGGGGGGGGGGGGCACACUGUUUUGCUAAUUGUAGAUGUAGUUUUCGUUUGCAUUUCCCGGCCCCUCAAUAAGCCCGCUUUCAGCGUCCCUCCCCCCUUGUGUUUUUAUCUACUGUAUUAAAGAUAAUCUGCCAUGGGGGAACACAUAAGUAGGCCCUUUGUCUGUAUUACUCUCUAGUUAAUUACCUGAUAGACAGUUUUUGUUUUAACACCACAAAAAACGUCAUCAAGUGUA